UUAGCAGACACAGGCUGCAGUUCCUCCCCUCAGGUCUGAGCCCGGGCGCAGCAGUGACUCCCCAGCAGCAGCAGAAGCAGCAGCCCAGCAAUCUCGUCUCAGUCCCUGUCUCUGACACAGCAGCAGCAGGCAGUGCAGCAGCGGCCGCCUCCCCCAGGCAUGGCACAGGGCUCUAGCUCACUAUGGCAGCAGUGCGACAAAACACCCUCGACUUCCAGCUCAGUGGCACAGCUGACGGCAAUGCCAUUAUCAAAGAGCUACAGCCCGUAUUUCAAGAGCAUGGAAUGACAGAGACAGUGCACAGCUGGGCAGACCAUGGCUACCUGGCCACGUACAUAAUGAAAAAUGGCAGCUUUGCUACUCUAAGAAUCUACCCGCAUGGCUUAGUGCUGUUCGAUCUGCAAAGUCAUGAUGAACAAGAGGAGAAUGAUUCAGUUCAAAACCUGCUAAACAAGAUAGAAGAAAGAAUGAAAGAAAUAUUGCACAACAGUGUCACACAAGUGAAGCGAUUGCCAGCCAUUGUUCGUGGAGCAAAGAUUGAUAGAUACUGGCCCACGGCUGACGGACGCUUAGUAGAGUACGACAUAGAUGAAAUAGUUUACAGUAAAGAUUCGCCUUAUCAGAACAUCAAAAUUCUUCACUCAAAACAGUUUGGAAAUGUUCUCAUCCUCAAUGGAGAUGUCAACUUGGCAGAGAGUGACCUAGCAUACACCCAUGCUAUUAUGGGUAGUGGCAAAGAAGACUACUGCGGGAAGGAAGUGUUAAUUCUAGGAGGAGGUGAUGGUGGGAUUCUGUAUGAACUCGUCAAACUGAAACCAAAGAUGGUUACCAUGGUGGAGAUAGACCAAAUGGUGAUCGACGGAUGUAGACAGCAUAUGCGGAGAACGUGUGGUGAUGUGUUAGACAAUCUCAAAGGCGACUGCUAUCAGGUGUUGGUUGAAGAUUGUAUUCCUGUAUUGAAGAUGUAUGCCAAAGAAGGACGAAUGUUUGACUACGUGAUUAAUGACCUCACUGCAGUCCCAAUCUCCACAUCUCCAGAAGAAGAGUCUACUUGGGAAUUUUUGCGGUUAAUUUUGGACCUUUGCAUGAAAGUUUUGAAACAGGAUGGAAUAUACUUUACUCAGGGAAACUGUGUAAACCUGACUGAGACUCUGACACUCUAUGAAGAACAGCUGAACAUGCUUUAUUGCCCUGUGGAAUUCUCAAAGGAGAUAGUGUGCGUUCCCUCCUACAUGGAGCUAUGGGUGUUUUACAGAAUAUGGAAGAAAAAUUGUUCCUGAGCAUCCAAAACAUCAUACUCUUCCACUCUGCAUGUCGGCAUUUUGAAAACCUUAAAUUCUAUAGAUAAUCUUAAAAAAGAUUAGUAGAAGUGUAAGUGGUGGUUUAUGAUAUUAUUUAAGUUUGACAUAAAAAGAGUGAAUUGAGGUUUUUUUUAAUGAACUAGUAUGUUGUUACUUUAAUAUUGUAUUUUGUUCCAUGUUAUUUAAUUUUUCCUUUUCUUUUUGGGGUGUGGUAUGGAAGGUAGAUAGUAACUAGGUUGACAGUGUCUAGGUCAACCACUAUUGGUCGACAGUAACUAGGUCGAAAGGGAUACUAGGCCGACAGGGUUUCUAGGUCGACAUGUUCUAGGUCGACAGGUCAAACGGUCGACAUGAGUUUUUUAUGGGGGGUUUGUGUCGUUUUCUUCGUAGAGUGACCGCUUCGCUCAGUUAUCGCUCCCAAUUGUAGUCCACGUGGAUUGUUAAGUAUAAAACGGUAAAAAAAAAGAAAAAAAUUGUGAAAAACUCAUGCCGACCUUUUGACCUGUCGACCUAGAACAUGUCGACCUAGAGACCCUGUCGACCUAGAGACCCUGUCGACCUAGUUACUGUCGACCAAUAGUGGUCAACCUACAUAGUGUCGACCUAGUUACUGUCGACCUAUAGACCGGAUCCCUUCUUUUUGAAAGUCAACAUGGAGAUUGUCAGCAUGCUAUAAGCUGCUCAAUGCACUGAACCUAAAGAAUGUGAUUUAUUGUUAUGAUUUAUGUGUUAAUAGAUAGAAUUUUCAGCGGGUCUUUAAAAAAUAUAUAUAAAUAUAUAUAUUCGAUAGAUACAUAUACUGAACAAACAUAUUUAAGUUCUCUGUACCCACUCUCACUCAAAUUCUCUCUAGGAACUUGGUUCAUAGCCCUUACAUUUUAAAAUAUCAUGUGAACAGUGUCAGUGUAUUUGUGGUAAGUCAAAAAUGAAGUGACCAGAUGUUUAAUUAGCAGUGUAAUGUGUAUCUGGUACCCCCCAAAUCUUACUGCUUUCUACAACCCCUUCCAUUUAUUAAUUUUUUGGAAAGUCAUAAAGAAUUCAGAUCGAUGGGUAAAUGCAUAGUAUACAGGUUGAGUUUUCUAAAUCCAAAACUUAAAUACAGAUUUUUUAUCAGCGUGACUGAGAAAGUGACACCUUUUCUUUUUGAUGAUUCAGUGUACACAGAUUUUGUUUAAAAUGCACAAAAUUAUUUAAAAAUAUUAUAUAAAAUUACUUUUAGGCUUUGAGUAUAAAUAAAUGUUGUGUACAGUAUAUACACAAUUUUUGUUUCAUGCACAAAAUUAUUAAAAAUAUUGUAUAUUACCUUCAGGCUGUGUGUACAAGGUGUAUAUGAAACAUAAAAGCAUGGUGGGGCAGAUGUAUUAAACCUGGAGAAGUGAUAAAGCAGUGGAAAGAAGUGAUAAUUGGUAGGUGAUAACGCAUCAGCCAAUCAUUACAGGUUUGAAUAAUUACAGGAGCUGAUUGGCUGGUUCAUUAUCACCUUCCACUUAUCACUUCUUUAUCACAUCUCCGGGGUUAAUACAUCUGCCCCUCUAUGUUUAGACUUGGGUUUCAUCCCCAAGAUAUCUCAUUAUGGUAUGCAAAUAUUCUAAAAUACCCAAAUAUCUCAUAUUUAAAAUACUUCUGGUCCCAAGCAUUUUGUAUAUGGAAGCCUCAACCUGUAUAGACAUUUAAAAAUGGUUACAUACAACAAAAAGGGGUGUGCUUUAACUCUUUCCAAAUAUGAAGGAAAUAAAUUCAUACAGUAAACAGUCAGACAUAUGGAAAAAUUUGGACUGCUAUACAAAUUGUGGGAACAGCCAAUGUUUUACAUUUAUAUUAAGUUAGAGGGUGCACAUGUUUUGAAAUUAACACGAGCCAACAAAAGAAGGCCCAUAGAUCUGUAUAACUUUUUACUGUACUUGAUUCCUUCUCUAUAUUUGACCAAGGUCUCAAUAUUUUGUUACCUUUGCAUAUGGCACAGUUCAGCACUACUGUGUGCUUUGAUUACAACUGUAUACAUAAAGCAGUUUUUGGCAUAUCCCAGAGUAAUGAAAGAAGCAAUCUCUGACUAAAUAAUAUAUGUAGUCCUCAGUAAGAAAAAAAAAAAUAACAAAAGUAAAAUGACAUGUAGAAACAAAUAUAUAAAAGUGGACAUUUAAUGUGUGUGUGUGUGAUGGGGUGAUUCUUUUAAGAGUUCAUUUUAUGCUACAAUCUGUAUACAGUUCUAAGCAAUAAUUCACAGUAAUUGUGUUAUUUAUCUGUAGUGAAACAAAUGCAAAAUUCUUUACAUUCUUCUAUCGCUUAUAUUUCCAUCUUCAUUGUAUUGUUUGGCUCUAUAAAUGUCUUAUCAUUCAGUGCUUCCAUUUCAGAUUUAAGAAAAGGUUCUUUAAUGACAGCCGAUACUAGAACACACUGAGUUUCUGCAAAAAGUCAGUGUUCACGAAGAUUGAUGCUGACCGAGGGCUUUUGAUGGCCAGACCAAAUUUAGGUUAUAAGAGCAGCUCCUGAUUGCUUGCAGUGUAAUCUUUGGGGACAUUUCAGUAUACUGGGCUACUAGAAGUACAGUAUGUGCAGUCUUGUUCAGACAUAUAUACCUUUAAGAGUCAAUAGUCUUGUCACUACAGCUCUGCUAUCAGGAAGGUACAUUUUGUGCUGUGUGCCUUUUUCUUCCCUUACAUGUUUAUUUUCUAAAAUGGAGCUAAAAGCACAAUUAUGCUGCAAUCAAUCAGACAUUUUCUGUAUUUAGUCUGACUUGCACUAGACUGAUCAAAGCUUGUAUUUGGUUGGUUGCCAUUGGUUACAACACAUUUUUGCUAUUUCCUUCAUUUUGUUAUUUUGAAAAAUGUAAAAUUAUUUAUGUAUGAAAUGCGUAUGUUCCCUUUAGUAUUGAUUCAACAACAUCCAAGACAUAUGCUGUUAAAAUAGUUACCAAAUGUUCUUAUAAUGUAGUGCUUCCUUGCAGGCAUGAGUCUGUGCCUGAAACCAUGGAAAAACAGUUGCUUACACUAGAACCAUGGUUUAUUGCAAAAUAUACUGUAUAUAUUGUACUGUCCAUUUCCACAUUCUAGAAGCAUAGUAGCAGCAAUGCAUUUUGCUUAAAAAAUAUACUGGCAGUUGAACAUGUGACCUAAAGUGUUCAUUAGAUGUAGUGAUAAUUUUACUUUUAUUUUGCACUAAAUUGACUUUGAAAUUAAGAUGAAUUUCAUUAAUACAAUCAUUUUUAUUUUUUGUUGCAAACUAAGAUUUUACUGAAGUAAAAAAAUUUAUCCUGAAGUGUAAAUUUUAGUUGUUAUAAACUACUGGUGAGAAAAGCACACUGGAAGUAUAUUUUUAAUUAAGUCACUAAGCGAGUGUUUCUAAUUAAAAAAUCUUAAGUAUCCCAAAUCGCAUACUUGAGCAUUUCAGUUCAGUCUUAUACCAAUUGGGUGAGGCAGGCUAUAAUUUGUUUAGAUGCUCCUGAAAGUGAAGGGAAUGCAGCAACAGUAUAUGAACUACCAGUUGUGUGUUUAAAGAAGACAGAUCUAGAAAAUUCAAGCGUCCUGUUUGUUUAGCGUGUGUCACUGUAUUUUGUUUUUGUUUUAUAUUUUCAAAAGUUACUGAUUUGCUUUUAGAAUUAGUUGUAGAUUUUUUUUUUUUAAGUGUGGUUCCACAAAACCUGUAACAUCUCUGGAUGAACUAGUGUAAUGCAGAUGUGCACCUUAUCCAAACACGGGAACCUUUUUAAUCGACACACUAGUCAUUGGAUAUUGGUUUUGUGUGAAAUCAUUCCUUCGAUAGAACUUUGGGAGUCCACACUUUCUGUCACAAUAAGUCACUGUUGUAGAGGAGAACAACAGUCUAAUUUAUGAGCGUAGAUAUUUUAUUCAAUAUAAAUUACAGAUGCAUGGAUAGGGGAUUUUAUAAUCCAUUUACACUGGGAUCUAUUCACAAACCUUUGUUAGGUUAUGCAGGGCAUAUUAGAUCACCUUGUGCACAAACUGAUCUACAAUACUGACUGAUAUGCUUUCUUUCAUUGUUUGCACUACUACCCUGCUCCAUCUGGAAAAUGUGAUGCAUUCAGAAAACUUGAUUGUUAAUUAUUUAACUUUUGCAAGAAGAUUGCUUGCCUUGCAUCUGCUGCACCAUGUAGUACCUAUGUUUAAAUAAAGGUACACACUUAU